AUGGUAUGGCGGUUUAUAAUGAAUCAAGCAUGGAUUAUAUCACGAAGAUUUCGAGCCAUCAAACAGCAGUUUGAUCAAGUAUUUCUAGGUACUGUUGUUGAACCAUCGCGCGCAACGGAGUGUGCUAAUUAUGUCAAUGAGAAUAUGGGCUUCGCUGUCUCGAAACUUUAUAUAAAUAAAUAUUUUGACAAGAACGCUCGUCUAGAGUCACUUGCAAUGAUUGAAAAUAUUCGAAAUCAAUUUAUUGAUAUCAUCAAUCAAUCAACAUGGAUGGACUCCGUCUCGAAACGUAAAGCAAUUGAAAAAUAUAAUUUCAAUUCAUCUUUUAUGCGAAAUGUUUUGCUCGUACUCAAACUAAAACCUAAAAAGAACCUUCAAGCGCUUCGUGAGCUUGUUGAUCGACAGGAAUGGAUGGGGUAUUCACCCACUAUCGUCAAUGCCUUUUAUAAUCCAUCGUUUAAUGACAUCUCUUUUCCAGCUGGCAUUCUUCAAACGCCUUUCUUCCACAAAGAUGCACCGAAGUAGGAUUGAAUUGAUUACCUCAUUCGAAAACUUCUAUUUCUAUUCGAGAUAUCUCAACUAUGGCGGUGAGAAACGAUUCAAUGUGAACGAAUAGAACAAAAAAUGAUUUCAAAUUUAGCUAUUGGAACGAUCAUUGGACAUGAAAUAACUCAUGGCUUCGAUAACUUCGGUGGACUUUAUGACAAGGACGGGAAUAAGAUCCUGUGGUGGAAUAAUGAAACAUUUGCCGCCUUUAACCAACGGAAGGCCUGUAUUAUUGAUCAGUACAACAACUAUACGAUGACUCAAAUUAAUCUGCCGGUCUCCUGUUCUAUUUGAGUUUGUUGAAAAUAAAAACUUGUCUUUUAUCGUUCAGGUUAAUGGUGAACUAACUCAAGGCGAGAAUAUCGCUGACAACGGUGGACUAAAAGCAGCCUUCUUUGUAAGUUCUGCGAAUCUUUUAUUCGAAUCUAACCUGGAUACUUUUAGGCUUAUCAAAAAUGGACUCAAAUCCAUCGAAAUGUUGACAAGAAGCUUCCAGGCCUAACAAGAUACUCAAUUGAGCAAAUGUUCUUUCUCAAUUAUGGUCAAAUAUGGUGUACGAAGAUGACAGAUCAAUAUGCCAAGAAGCAAAUUUUGAUUGAUGAACACUCCCCUGCUCAAUUUAGGUGAAACCUUUAUUCUACAGUUUCUUCAGAUGAUUUUAUAAUUCAUUUCUCUUUUUAGAAUACUCGGUUCUACCUCAAAUUUUGCCGAGUUCGAUAGAGUAUUUGGCUGCCAUCCAUCUCAGGGCAACAGUCGAGUGAAUAAAUGUAUCGUGUGGUAGGAUUUGUCCGUAUGGCUCUUUUGAUUCUGCCACCGUUCAUACAAAGAAAGAUACUGACAGCUAUACUCGUGAAGAAAACCUAGUUUCUUAGAGAUUGAUAUGUUCUUUUUUCUUUCCUAUUUUGUUCAAUUUUCAUUUGCCUUAUUAUAUCUUUUUCAUUGAGCUUGAUAUGAAUAACUCGAAAUAGGUGAUGGUCGAAUAAAAAAUGACUAAAAUCCUUUAGCAUAGAUCUCAACGAAAUGAUUCUAUCCAUGUGUUGAUCUCUUAAAGGAACUGAAACAACGACCAUUCGUACUGAUUAAUUUCUAGGAACUAAAACACUCACAUAAGAAAUCACAUUGGUUAUUAAUGAAUGUCAAAAGGAGAGGUGUAUGAAACAAACAUAUUUCUUCUAGAAAUAUCAGUGGUUCCACGUUCAACUAACAAUUAUUCUGAUAAACUAAAGUGGAAGUAAAAUGUUUAGAAACCCAACUUUGAUCAAUAAAUACUAAUCUCAGUUCAUUACUGUUUCUGUUCAGGUUGAUUUGCAAACUGACUAAAUUAAUUUUAGCUGUAAGACGCAUGAUACCAAUUUAUUUAUUCAAUUAUUAUUUGCUACAUUAAUUUAUUUGAAACCUAGGAUGUGGGUGUGGAGUGUGUGGGAUGUGGGUGUGAAUGGCUGCGAAUGUGACUGUCUGAUAAAGAUACCAAGAAUACUCACAGUCAGUCACAGCCACCCACACUCCAUCUAAAGAAGAGCUUUCCGGUAUUAGAAGAUAUCAUCGUUGAUAAACUCACGCUAUUCUAUCAAAAUCGCUGGUAUCCUUAGUUGUAUACAGUAUGUUUUCACAUGGUCGUAUCUUUUUCUCUUAUUGUUUCUUCUCAUCUUUUUUUCACUACUUUGAUAAUACUUUUCAAUGAAGGGCAUAGCUAUGGGUACGGCUUCUAUUCUGACCACAUCCACACCCCUUACUGAUUUUUCAACAGUUAGUUCAUAGAUCAUUUGAAGUAAGCUUUAAAAAAACCAGUAUCGAUACAUUUCUGAAGUUCUCUUUGUAGGCCUUCGGCUUAAUGAAGUUUUAUUAUUAGGUAUCACUAUGCCGAAAUUUAUAUGCUUUUACGGUGCAUCAAUAUUUUGUUAUAAAAUUUCUUCAUCAUCUCUAACAUCACUAACAAACAUAUGCCCUGAAGAAUGUGUUAUACAUAUUCCUUGUUCUGUUUUGAUAGCUUCGAGCACAGCCAUUACUCCUGUUACACCACAAUGCUAAAAACAUGGUGUUUCUAUUUGUCGAUCAAUAUCUAUCGAAUCAUCAAAACCAACUUGAUUCAACUCUUGAUUAAUAUCCAGGGUUGCCAGAUUGUCCGAAUUGUACCCCCUCAUAGUGACUACGU